AUGUCUCAAGAAGCGGAACUAUCACGACAUGAGGAACUGCCUCAUCCAAAAGAGGAGAGGGCUCGGCAUAAUCAUGAUGAAAUAGAAGAGCAAAUUCCAAAUGAAUUGGAAUUGGAAGAAGCCCUCCUUAGGGCAGAAGAAGAUUUGCUAAAGAGACAAGAGCAUGCUCAAGCUCUAAGGGAAAGACUCCAAACCAUGAGGAGAAAGAAGAAGCGUUUGGCUAGUGAAAUUCAGAGUGUUGUCCGAGGUGAUAGGGAUGCAGAUCCAAAGCGUGUUCAGGAGCAAGACAGUGGGAGCACUGGGAGGUCUUAUCUGAGGAGGGGACCAGUUACGGAAAGGAGAAGGCAUACUCCAUCUCCAAGGGGUGCAAGGAACAAAUCCUCGCAACCGUCUAGGAGGAAAAGGCACCGAAGCUUUUCCCCAAGAAUUCGAAUGAAGAAAGAUACUGGGGAAGUCUUAUGGAGUGCUCAGAAGAAGGCUGAGCAAAGCCUCAGAAAGAUGACUUCCACACCCUUUGUACGGGCUCUGCGACUGGAAGAUCCACCAAACAAGUUUUCACACCCGACGUUUGCAAUCUAUGAUGGAAAAACAGAUCCUGUAGCACAUAUUUCAGCCUACACUCAUAAGAUGGUUCUUUGGGCAGGUCGAGAUGGACUCAUGUGCAAAAUGUUUUCGUCAAGCCUCGGGACAACAGCCAUGAAAUGGUUCCACCAACUUCCAGAGAAUUCAGUUUCGUCUUGGAGGGAGUUGGCCCAGAUCUUCGUAGCAAGAUUCAUAGCAAAUAGUCGAGAUCCAGCAACAUUGGAUACGCUGUGUGCUUUACAUCUGAGGAGAAGAGAAUCACUCAGGGCUUACACUGCUAGGUAUUCAGAUACCUAUGCAGGUAUAGAAGAUUGUGAUGAAAGGACCGCAGUGGCUACUUUUCGCCUUGGGCUCCCUCGUGAUUAUAAAUUACGAGAGAGUUUGACGAUGGCUCCACCCAAGAGUAUGGUCACGCUCCAGGACAGGAUUAAUCAAUACGUCAAACUGGAAGAAGACAAACAGGGGGAUCGGCAGUUUGCUUCUCAAGAAGGGACAAAAAAGGAAAAUAAGAAGUUUGAAAAGAAGAACGGGAAAGAAAAAGACUCGAAGAAGGAUCCAAAGCCAACUUCUUACGAGGCGGUAAAAACAAUAUUUAAGGACCCAAUUUUCCUAAUUCUGCCUCAGAUCGUGGACAAGCCGUAUUUUCGAUGGCCAAAUAAGAUGUCAGGGGAUUCGUCGACUCGAAACCAGUCCAAAUGGUGUUCCUAUCAUAAAGACAAAGGCCACAGGACAGAAGACUGUAGAGAGUUCAAACGGCAUUUGGAAGAAUUGGUUCAGCAGGGGCAUCUUAAGGAAUUUAUUGACAAAGAGAAAACCGCUGCCGAAAAGAAGGCAGAACCUCAGUCAAAGGAGCGAGGAGAACCUUCACACUACGUGGUUAAUUUUAUUGAUACAAUGGUACCGGAUGCACUACUUGGUGAUGAGAUAAGGCGAACGGAGUAUAGGAGGGUCCGACACCAACAAGAGGUAAUGCGGAUGGAUUUUAAUCCCCAUUUGGGAAGACCAAGGGAGGCAACUGCAAUCACUUUCACCAAGGAAGAUGCAACAGGAGUGAUCUUUCGGCAUAAUGAUGCUCUUGUGAUCUCCCUGCAAAUCAGAGCAGCAACAGUGAAACGAAUGAUGGUAGACUAA